AUGCGAUCUUUCAGCACUUCGGCCCGGAAGCUUCUCCAAUACCUUGGCUAUCCAUUUGCGGACCUUCCAGGUCCGUGGAAAACUGCAACGGAGACGUACUUGCACAACGGUGCGGCCAAGAAAGUUGGCGUCAUCAAAUCGGUCGAAAUCCUGCACCGGAACGAUGGAUCCAGUCCCGUUCACAAGUCUCACUACAACCCAAACGACCCGGAGGAAGUCAUCAGCGUGAGGAUUGAAGAUGAGAAUGGGAACAAGAGGACGCAUCACAUCUACUCAGAUGGCACCGGAACAGGGUUUGUGGGCGACAAGCGUGAAUGA